CGGAGGAUGUUUGGAAAAAAACCAAACGCACCUGAGAGACUCAGCUACAGAUGUUGGGACACGGUUGUCACAACUUCUUUAGUUUUUUUUUUUUUUUUUAAUUAGUUGACAUUAUUUUAACAAUGGCAGCGACAACAUUGCUCGGUUUCGUGACUGUUGCAUCGUUGAUCGAAAAACGUCCCAUCAUCAACCAGACUCAGCUGAUUGAAGAACCAGAAGGAUCUAAUUUGACUCUACAGUGUCAAACUGAUCCAGAGAUCAACCUAACAAACUUCACCUUGGACUGGAAGAGAGUGGACAUCCCACAUGUCUCAGACCGCAUGGUCUACUCCCGUCGACGUGGGACAGAUCAUCCUGUGAAACAGAUGCAGCGAUACAAGAACAGAGCAGAGCUGAUUAAAGAGGACCUGACCAGAGGACGGAUGACUCUACUGAUCCCCACAGUCCAGCAGUCUGACACGGGACGCUUCAAAUGCUUCAUCUCAAACCUGAGCGUCAGCUUUGUUUUCAACAUUGUCGUGACGAAGGAUCAAGAGAUGACGACAAAGAGAGAGGAUGUCGCCAUGACGACGUCUCCAGGAUACAGAGUCAUGAACCCCACUGUGUCUGGUCCUGUAGAGGAGAUAAUCCCCUGGAUCACUCUUGGUGUCUGUAUUUGUUUCCUCCUUGUUCUUGGUUUCAUCAUUAGUGUCCUGGUGAAGAACAGAGGGAUUAGGAUUUACAGAUGGAGAAUAGAUGAAGAAAUGGGAAUGCUGAGGAGAGGAGAAGAUGAAGGAGACAAGGACAGAGACAAAGACGAGGACGUCACCACAGUGAACGUGGUCAUGAACCUCCAGCAGGGUCAGCUGUGAUUCUGGAGGACUCUACCUUCAGUAGAGCAGUGGUCCCCAACCCCCGGGCCGCGGACCAGUACAGGUUCAUGGGUCAUUUGGUACAGGCCGCAUAGAAAGAAUACAUUACUUACAUUAUUUCCGGUUUAUUUAGUAUAUGAUUCCGGAUGAUUUUUAAUUGUGGAAAAUUACCGGAUUCUCUCCACCACAUCUGUCUAUGACUUUCUAACGCAUGUUUGCUCUGUCACAUGACUACCUUCUUAAAGGAGCUGCUCCCGCCGGUAACACGUGAUCCAAUACCGCUUAAUUGAAACUCCCAAGCUAGCAAAAUGAACAAAAAACAAACGUCUUUGGAAAGUCUCUUUGCGCAGGGUAAUGUCUCCUAUUACCCCUAGAUGGGUCUGUCUCGUUGCAGAGAAACAAGGUCGGGGCUGAUUUAGCGUUAUGGUGAGUUGUAUUUUUCAUGCACCUAUUUGUUUUUGUGGUGUAUCUUAUGUUGAAGGCAUGUUUAACCUUGACUAUUACGACCAGAGAGUGUGGGCUGAGAGGUUACUCAUGUUACGAUUUUACGCGAUAUUAUGAGGAAUAACGAUGAAGACACAAUGGAUUCACGUUUAUUAUUAUAUUUAGAAAAUACCAUUGUUAAGACGGUUUGUCGGGAGGGGGGCUUUGAUGUGAACAGGAGUGCUGGUCAAGCUUCAAAACAAGAACAAGUUCUGGUCAACUUCCAUAAAGAAUGAUCUCUGAAGGGCAGAGAUUUUUGUUCAUUUUUUUCAAUCAAACAAAUCAAAUAUGUUGUUACACGAUCGUUAAUGGAAGCUCAUAGGUGAACGGCGACUGUGUUUAUAUACAGCUUGUAUAGCGAUCUCGGCGCUGUGCAUCCGAGGAAAAGAGGAGAUUUGGCGGCAGAUAUCGGGCUCUGUGCAGGACACAGUGAUUUAUUCUAAUAUCAGCAGCCUUUAGAAAGCUGCUAAUAUAAACACCGCAUGUCGGGGCUGCGGAUGAGUUUCUCUCCCUUGAUCAAUGAAGUCGGCGGUGAUUAGAGUAAUUUGUGGUUAUUAUCGGUAAAAGCAACGCGAAUCACAACUUAGUUCAGUUUGACAUUAUUGUCAGUCCGUUAGAUUUCAAACAUUACAUUUUAUUAAAAUUGAAAAUUAAUAUUUAUAGGCUGUGGGCUAUACAAAUAAUACUCAGUUGUGUAGUGGGCCAUAUGGCCGGCAGACGGCGCUUGUGAAAAGCCCUGUAUUUAUCCGUCUCACCUUAAAGGCCGGUCCGUGAAAAUAUUGUCCGACAUUAAACCGGCCCGUGGCUCAAAAAAGGUUGGGGACCACUGCAGUAGAGUAUUUUAUGAAUCAAACUCUGUACAUAUUAGAUGUGUUUAUUCUGUUAACUAUGAUAUUUAUUUUUGUGCUGCACUUUGACUUGAUGAUUGUUUUCUACCUAUUUUUCUUUGUAGAUAUUUUAUUCUUUCUUUAAGCCUCGUCAGUGUUUCCAUCAUGUCUCCUUCAAUAGAGUGAAACAGCCUCAGAGCCUCAGUGUUGAACGUCUCUACUUCAACCAACAGUUUUUCCAAAAUAAAUAUUUUUCAACUUUGUGCCAAUUGAUUCUUCAACAACUUCACUUAGUGAUUCUCACUUUUGUGUUAAACUUUUUUUUUAGUGUGAUAUAUAUAUAUUCAUUCAUUAUUUGUCUGAUGUAACUUAUUUUAACCUUUUUAGUAUACAUUUUAAUUGAAUUUGUUAUGUCUCUUGACAACUUCAUGGUGGUGAUGGUGGGACAGCGUUUCCUCAGUGUGUAAAAGUUUCCUGUCUGUGUCAUUUUAUUUAUUUAUUUUUUUAUGUAAAGUACUUUGGGCUCCAUCCUUCAUAUGAAACGUUCUACAAAUAAAAUUUGAUUGAAAAGAGA